CGCCCACCACCAAGCCAAACAAACCCUAGUCCCUGAAACAUCUGAAACCAGUCCCCCAAAGUCCCCAACAAAUCUGAGUAUCUGACAUCGCUACCCUGUCCAGUCUUCCUCUCACCGCCGGAUCCGCGUCGACCUGCCUGAAAAUCUCCGCACCUCCGUCCAAAUUGCCGGUGCCUGUUAUCGCCGCCGUGUCCCAGACCCAGGUGGAGUGUCGGCCUGGCGACUCCUCCCCAGGUUCGCUGUAAUCGUGUUUCAAUCAAUUCCUUUCUAUUUCUCUAUCAGGAUGAUGUUUUGGCCGGGGGAGUAGACUCGUUUUAGUCGAACACUUGGUCGAUUUUUAAUUAGUUAGUUUGAUUGAAGAGGAUUAUUUUAAUUUUCGGAAUAGUUUAUCUGAAUGAAUUCGCCCGAAGGGAUAAAGAGCGGUAAGAAGCAGGAUGUAGAAGAAUUUGAUAUGUUCAAAGUUGAUGAUGAAGAUUUGGAAGGUGAUGUUAAGAGAAAACACAAGUCUAACAAAUCCAGGAGAUCGGGCGUAAAUGAAGAAUCCGAGGGACUAGAUAGCAGUGGAAGGAAGAGAAGCAAUGUGGAUAGAAAUGAGAGUCGUAGGAGAUCGAGUGGUUCGAGUAGAGGGGUUGACACUGAAGAAGAUGAAUGUGAAAUAGUAAAGGAGAAUAGCAGCUCUAAGUCUUCAACGAGGAAGAAGCCCGAGGAGAAUACAUUGGAGAGAUUAAGUAAUUGGUACCAAGAUGGGGAAAAUGAUAAUAGUAAGUAUAGCAACAGUGGAGACAAAUCAGUUUCCAAAUUCCCAGAUAAUGACAGUUCCCAAAGCAGGCAUAAAGGCAUUGAUGAGAGGAGAGAGAACAGCAAAGAAAAAGUCCAAGGGACUUCUGAGCAUGGACGUAACUCAAGGAGACGAUGGGAUGAGCCAGAUGCUAAUACUGUUAAAAAAGUUGAUGAAAGUGACCAUGUAGAAAAUUUUGAGUCUAGAAGUGGGAGAAUGGCGGACCCCGUAAUUGAUAGCAGAGAUGUUAAAUCACAGAGCAGGGAGGAUAGAAGGGGAGACUACGAAAGGGGAAAGAGAGGCAGAUUUGAAUCUCCUGACGAAGAAAGAAGUGCAAAACGUUAUCAUGAGUCAGAAAAUACUGAUCCGGAAUAUGAAAGGAGCACAGGGCUCAUUAGGAAGAAAGAGCAGGAUAAAGAUGGUUACAAGGAUGAUAGAUCAACAAAAGGAAGAGAUGAUGGUUGGAACAGAGAUGGGUGGAGGAGAAGACAAGGAAACACUACCGAGAAGGACACCAAGGAAGGUGAUUCGUCUUAUGACCAUGGAAGAGAUUGGGAACUGCCUAGACGAGGUUGGAUUGACAAUGAGAGACCUCGGUCUGGGAGUAGGAAAGAUGGAUUAAGGACUGAAGCUGUAAAAACCUCUUCCAAAUUUGGAAUCUCCAACGAAAACUACGACGUGAUAGAGAUCCAGACCCGGUCUUUUGAUUAUGUAAACAGAGAUGAGAAUAAUAAACCUUCAUCAGUUUCAAUUGAUGAAAGGGGGAGAAACAUGUAUGAUGGAUCUGGGCAGUCUGGUGAAGACCUUAAUAAGGACACACGAGGUGAUGGGGGUGGCGGGCCCAGUUCAAUGAAUUUGAACCCAAGGAGGGAUGAGAUAGAAUCUCAAGGUGGUCAAACUACAAGCAGUGGUUCACAAAUUCCAUAUGGAAAUCAAGAACCUUCUUCCUUCAAUCGUGCUGUAUCUCAAAGUGGUAGAGGAGGACUUAGGCAUGGGAGAAUGGGACGAGGGAGGCCUGCAGCUGGGAGAGACAAUCAUACCCAAGUACCUCUUCAAAUGCCAAUGGUAGGGUCGCCUUUCGGACAGCUCGGGAUGGCCCCGCCUUUAAACACUAACAUGUCACCCUCCCCGGUUCCUUCCAUUUCCCCAAAUGUAUAUAUUCCACCAUUUUCACCUUCCAUUGUAUGGCCUGGAGUACCUGGGCCUUCAGGAAUUAGGUUCCCACACAAUAUAGGAAACCCUCCUAAUCCUGGGAUUUACUUCAAUCACCCGGCAGGACCUGGAAGAGGAGCUCCUCCAAUUUUUAACAAUGUAAUGCCAGGUGGACGUGGACAAACACAGGAUAAAUCAUCUUCUGGAGGGUGGGUCCCUCCUCCUCCUCCUCCUAGAACUAAUGCACCACCUGGCAAAGCUCCUUCAAGAGGAGAACAAAAUGACUACUCCCAAAACUUUGUGGACACUGGAAUGAGGCCACAAAAUUUCAUCAGGGAACUGGAGCUAACCAGUGUUGUUGAGGACUACCCUAAGUUGAGAGAGCUCUUACAAAAGAAGGAUGAGAUAGUGGCCAAAGUUGCUUCUACUCCCAUGUAUUACAAAUGUGACUUGCGGGAGCAAGAACUCUCUCCUGAGUUCUUUGGUACAAAGUUUGAUGUCAUUCUUAUAGAUCCACCAUGGGAGGAAUAUGUUCACCGAGCUCCUGGUGUCACUGAUCACAUGGAGCACUGGACGUUUGAAGAAAUUAUGAAUCUCAAAAUUGAGGCAGUGGCUGAUACCCCAUCAUUUAUUUUCCUCUGGGUUGGUGAUGGUGUUGGGCUUGAGCAGGGCCGCCAAUGUUUGAAGAAGUGGGGAUUUCGCCGGUGUGAAGAUAUAUGUUGGGUGAAAACAAAUAAAACAAAUGCCACCCCGGGAUUACGCCAUGAUUCACAUACUCUCCUUCAGCGCUCGAAGGAACACUGCUUGAUGGGAAUUAAGGGAACUGUCCGUCGAAGUACAGAUGGCCAUAUAAUUCAUGCCAACAUUGACACUGAUGUAAUUAUUGCCGAGGAGCCUCCUUAUGGAUCUACUGCAAAGCCUGAAGAUAUGUACAGAAUAGUUGAACAUUUUGCUCUUGGGCGGAGAAGGCUCGAGCUCUUUGGUGAAGACCAUAACAUUCGAACCGGUUGGUUAACUGUCGGCAAAGGGUUAUCUUCAUCAAAUUUCAAUUCUGAGGUAUACGUGAGAAAUUUCGCCGACAAGGACGGGAAAGUCUGGCAGGGUGGAGGAGGAAGGAACCCACCACCAGACACGCCGCAUCUCGUCGUGACAACCCCAGAAAUAGAAGCCCUCAGGCCAAAGUCGCCCAUGAAAAAUCAACUGCAACUUCAACAACAGCACCAGCAGCAACAGCAGCAGGCGGCGGCGGCCUCCCUCACACUGGCGGCGGCUACCAAGAGACCGCCGUCUGGAAACUCGCCCCAAAACCAGAACCCGCCGCAAAACACAAACCAAGAAGCUUCUAGUAGCUCCAACAUGCUACUAUUACCAACCCCUCAGAGCCCUUGGAUUUCUCCUCUUCCUACGGAGAGCUUCAAGGGAAGAGAAAACGGACAAAUGGCGGAUGAUACGGUCAUUGAUGUUUAUGGUUACAAUUCAUCUUUUGGGCAACAAGUUAAUGCCGAUUUCAUGGAUUUUGAAUCUCAUAGAGCAAUGAAUAUGUAACAAAAGGAACCAAAAAAAACUCAUUGUUGUAUUCAUUUUUUAUUUUCUAUUUUUAUGCUCGCCAAAAUAUAAACAGCUUGGGAAU